CAAGGGCCCCGAGGUCGAAUCUUACGUGAGAAAUUACUCAUCGCGAGCUCGAUAUCAUCUGCACGGCUUGAUAUGUGAUGAUUAGAAUUAUUAGUGUAUAAGCAGGAUGACGACAAUUCAUAAUAGAAAAGAUGUUCGAAUUCUACUCGUUGGAGAUUCUGGAGUUGGUAAAACUUCUUUGAUACUGUCUUUGGUUAGUGAAGAAUUUCCAGAAGAGGUACCAGCAAGAGCUGAGGAAAUUACCAUCCCUCCAGAUGUAACCCCUGAAAAGGUUCCAACCCAUAUAGUCGAUUUUUCUGCAAAAGAACAAUCUGAAGAAAUUUUACUUGAGGAGCUUGAAAAAGCAGAUGUACUAUGUGUUGUGUAUGCAGUAGACGAUGCCAAAUCUAUCAACUCCAUCACAGAGUACUGGCUGCCGUUGAUCCGAAGCACCCUCGGACCUGACCACAACACCCCACUGAUCCUGGUAGGCAAUAAGUCGGAUCAAGCAGACAUCAACAGUUUGGAGACGGUUGUACCUAUUAUGAAUGAUUAUGCAGAGAUAGAAACAUGUGUUGAGUGUUCAGCCAGAAAUCUGAAGAAUAUAUCAGAGUUAUUUUUCUACGCUCAGAAGGCUGUGCUUCAUCCCACAGGACCACUGUACAACUCAGAAGAUAAAGAACUAAAAACUGAAUGCAAGAGGGCGCUGUGUAGGAUAUUUACAAUUUGCGAUUUGGAUAAUGACGGUGUCCUGAAUGACUACGAAUUGAAUCUCUUCCAGAGGAGGUGCUUCAAUGCUCCGUUACAACCACAAGCGCUAGAUGAUGUCAAGGCUGUCGUGAAGAAGAAUGUCCCUGAAGGGGUCAUGAACAAUGGGCUAACUCAAAUUGGCUUUCUGUUUCUACAUACUCUGUUUAUCCAACGAGGGAGACAUGAGACGACAUGGACAGUGCUGAGAAAAUUCGGCUACAAUGACCAUUUAAAGCUAACAUCAGACUAUUUAAGACCAAGAUUAAGGGUAGGAAGAGGAUCCUCAACAGAGCUGUCCCAUCUUGGAUAUCAGUUUCUAACUACACUCUUUGAAAAGUAUGAUCAGGAUAAGGAUGGUGCGUUGUCGCCUGUUGAGCUGCAGAGCAUGUUCUCCACCUGUCCCAUAGUGCCAUGGGGCCCAGAUGUCAACAUGUCAGUAGAAACGAACGAAAACGGCUGGAUCACUUUACAAGGCUACCUAGCGCAAUGGACGUUAACAACUUUACUCGAUGUGCCAAGAACGUUAGAAUACCUGGCGUACCUGGGCUACAGGUACAUCAUGGCUGAUCAUGAAAACCAACUCUCUGCCAUUAUAGUAACUAGAGAUAGAAAAAUUGACGUGGAAAAACGGCAGACCUCCAAAACAGUGUUCCAAUGCAAUGUGAUUGGCCCAAAGGGCGUGGGUAAAACCUCGUUUCUGCAAGGACUCGUAUCGCGGACUUUAGACUCACCCAACAUGAAACCUGAACAUCUUUCAUCCUAUGUUAUUAAUACAAUACAGGUGUAUGGGCAGGAGAAGUACCUACUGCUCCAUGAAAUUGAUGUUGGAAUUUCAGAUGAAUUAACAUCGGAAGAUCUUGCCUGUGAUGUAGCGUGUUUGAUGUAUGAUAUAUCUGAUGCUAGAACAUUUGAAUAUGCGGUGCAUAAUUAUAAGACACACUUUGAACGACUAAAUGUUCCAUGUUUAAUGAUUGCGGCGAAAAGCGACAUGCACCCUGUCCGACAGGAUCACGAAAUACAGCCUGCUCAGUUUUGCUCGCAGCACAACUUGCCACCUCCCCAGACUUUCUCCAGCAAGGCCAGACCAAAUAAGGACGUGUAUACAAAACUAUCCACAGUUGCAGCUUAUCCCCGUUUUAAAGGUGUAGGCCUACUUGUUGAGCACCCAUCUGCCGUCUGGAUCAAGGAGACUAUUCUUGGCUCUUUAUUUUUUGAUAACAGGCAUAUGAAGGGCGUUGCCCCCCAAGGAGGAAACUAUGUGCUGAAGGCUGGUCUAGGGAUUGUAUUAUUAGGAGUAACAGGCUACAUCGUGUACAAAUACUACAAGUCCAAAUAACACAAUGAAGAGAGCUUAUAGAACACGGUACAAUUUUAAUUUAAAAUUGAAAACCUUUACAUUGAUUAUCCCGUAAGGAAGAAGACAACUCUUCUAAUCAAUGUAAACGAAGGUACUGAUCAGGAAUGAAAUGGAGUAAUCAUUUUUGCAAUUAUAUUUUCAAUUCGUCUUACAAAUUUUGACUUUUCACAGUAGGUAUAUCUUUGAUAGACAUGGUACAAAAGAAUGAGACUGAUAUUAAUAAAUUCAGAGAGUUCCAUUUAAGCUGUAUUUGCUUUGGAUAAAUGUUAGUCAAAAUAAACAUCGACCCAGUCACUUUGACCAGAAAAAAUCAAGUGCCAACAACCCCAUAGCAUUCUCCUUAGUCAAAUUACACGAGACGUGCUGCAAGUAUAACUGAGAGAAUUACUCAGGAAAAUAAUUUUCCACUGCCAACAAUGUGACAAGUUAUAUCUUCUGGAGUACAUGCCACAACUGUGCGCACAACUUUAUUUUUUUUUUGCAAAAAGUAUCAGCCGCGGUACGAUAUCACCGAGUUUAACUUGGCCUUCGUCUUGGUCAAAAUUGAUCCAAUGCAAAUACGGCUUAGAUAAAAAUGUUACGUAUGUGUGGGGCAAUAAUAAUAAUGAAUUUUUUUUAUUUAUUUGUGUGUCCAACUGUUGUGACUGCACUCAUUGCGAGCCUUAGCCUGGUGCAUACCUUGUCAGCUGACCUGUGGUUGACAUAUUUUCCCAUGCUCUAUAUUAAUACUUACCUGAUACAACAAUUAUUAUUUGCAAUGUUUUGUGUUUAUGAUAUUCAUAAACAUGUUAAUUAAAAAAGUUUGUUUCCUUUGUGUGUAAUUGGAUUCUAUAGGAGAUAGUUAUUUAUCAAAGAGUGCAGUUUUAUGCAAUUCAUUGUAUUAAUAAUUGCACUUUAUGGAAUAUGAUUGACUUCCUCUGAAAAUAGUGGAACAUUAUGGAGUAUGUAUGAUUUCCCCUGAAAUUAUCAGUCAUGAAUAUGUGUCUGAUUUAAGAGCUAUUUAUUGUUUUAUCAUUUUCUAUCAUUGUAAUCAUAUUAAUAGGGUGUUUUCGAUUGCUAUGACAUCGCGAGUCUAAGAUGAGUUCAUUCGUCUGUUGCCAUGGUGGCUCUGUGAUACAUUUGGGGGUGGGAGUGUGAAGGUGUUUGACACAAGGUCAGUAAAUUUCCCAACUGGGGCCAGCUGGUUCAAAGGUCAAGCCCUAGUGUGGGUCCUGGUGCCUAGACAUCCAACUAUUUUUAACAGUUCCAACAUGUUUUAGAACGCAUUAUGCCCAAAGAAUAAAAAAAAGAAAGGAAAUAGUUCUCUUAUUUUUUAUGGUUGGAGUUGUGGCUGUCAGAGGCUUGGUCUUCCUCCCCCCCCCCCACUUCCCUGUUAGCACCGCCAAUGAGUCUAACAAUCGGCCCAAAUCACAUCCUAUGAUUCAGAUAAGUAUAUGACGUCAUUAUUACCAAAGCUUGCAAGUUCUUACUGCCAUUAUGCAAUCGAAAACUCUAUUUUUUAUGAGGGAGCGUUGCUAGGAGAAUGAUAUGUACAGUAUUAAAUAAAUCCUGAUAAUCCAGUGCUAUAUUAUUAUGAUGUGGGCAAUCCUGCAAUGACAAAACAUUUUAAAAAAGUGCUCAUUUAUUAUUAGUUGUUUGAAGAUUUAGGAAACAAUUGAUUCACAAUGGUGUCAUGCAUUCGUUAGUACAGAAUUUGUGACGUAAUUUGUACAGAUAACUCAUUUCUCUUGGAUGGAUGAUUUCAUGCCAUUACUGUAUUAGUACAUAAUAAAGUAAGACUGAUAUACUAAA